CCGCGCAGAAUCACACCCGUACGUCAUAUCCAACGGACCCAUAACAUGUCCUCCGAUUGAAGAAAGAGCUAGCAAGGAAGCCAACUGUUUAAUGUUAUUCACUAAGUUUAAAGGCGGACAUGUCGCUACAGUCCAACACUCAGGCAGCUCAGUGUUACAGUCACAGCUGUUGCUGAAAUAGAUAUUUUGUAGAAAUUGUGAUUCCUACAAAGGAAUGAGCGAUACUUACCAAGGAAGUCGUCCAGCUGGCUAGCGAAAAAGUAGCUAGCUGGGCUAGCUACUAGCUGUCGUUAGCACGAGCUGACGACUAGCUGUCGUUAGCACGAGUUCUUUGUUUUGUUUUUCAGGUGAAGGUCCGUGUAAACAUGAAGAGAAGCUAGUGUGGACAUUUGCUUUAACGUUUAACGUGAAUGUAGGAGUUUUGUAAUAAUGCACAUGAUAUAUUUAGCAGUGUGUAGUUGAACUGUAAGUUAAUAGUUUUUGGGUUAUUAGACAAAACUAACAUUAGCCACCGAGAGCAACUUUAGCAACAAAGAUCUGAUUCUAACCUCGGCCAGGACAGGACUGGAGACACGAAGACAUGGGCAACUGUCUCAAGUCUCCGACAUCAGACGACAUUUCUCUGCUUCAUGACUCACAGUCUGACAGGGCGAGUUUUGGUGAUGGAACAGACCCUGACCUGGAGGCACCUCCGCCGUACCAGGAGCAGGCUCACAUGCCCAUGUACCAUCCUACGCCUAGUCAGGCCCGUCUGGCCACCCAGCUGACAGAGGAGGAGCAGAUCCGCAUAGCUCAGCGCAUCGGCCUCAUCCAGCACCUCCCAAAGGGUGUUUAUGAUGGAGGGCAGGACGGCUCAGAGAAGAAGAUCAGAGAAUGCGUGAUCUGUAUGCUGGACUUUGUAUACGGGGACCCCAUCCGGUUCCUGCCGUGUAUGCACAUCUACCACAUGGACUGUAUAGACGACUGGCUGAUGAGAUCCUUCACAUGCCCCUCCUGCAUGGAGCCUGUGGAUGCUGCCCUGCUCUCCACCUACGAGACCAACUGAUUUUUCACCCCUCCUUCCCCAAGCUUAGAUCAAACACGGCUCAUCCAGCUCCAAACACACGCACACACAAACCCAACAACUGCCCUCUUAUAGAGUGAGAGGAGGUAAAACAAAAUGUGUUGGCUGUUUUCUUGCACUUUGAAAAAUUCUAAAUUUACUCAUCUAAUGUGUGGCCUUCCAUGCCCCCAUGUCUAAAUAGUAAGCUCGUCUUAAACAUCAGUUACACAAGUCUGUAAGAAACUGUUUCCAGGUGACCCUGCAUGAUUGAGUUUGUGUGUGUUUGUCAUGCUGACGGUGAGCGGCGUGUGCGAGCGAGCUGUUUGGGUUGUUGGAUGACGCAACGAUGUGCAUUUCCACUUGAGCUGGUCUCAGUGGUGUUUCUCCCCAACUGACCCCAGUUCAUCUUCAUCCCCAUUUAGUCGUCAUAAAAAUGUAUAAUUAGGAUAACAGAUUGACCAAAAUGCUAUGAGGUGUUCUUAGAAAUCCAUUUGAUUGGAUUUGAAGCUUUCUGUGGCAACAGUAAGACUUCAACAUGUUGAUCCUGAACAUGCUCUCAUAUUAGAAUGGCCCUACAUUUUGGAGGUGUGGGAAUACACAGCUGAAGUUUACACUGUUGGUGUUAGAUAGUAAAGGAUGAAUCACUUUUCAGUUUGACAGGAUUACAAAGAAAUUAUGCACACACUUAACAGAAAUCACCCAAAGUUUAUAUGUACACAAUGUACACCUACAUGAGAUCAAGGCUACAUGAUAUUCGGCCGCUCCAAAUGGCCAGACUUUAUAGAAAAUGCUUUGAGUUGAAGGGAAAAUAAUAUGUACUUUGAAUGUUUCACUAGGCGGUGUGUAAAGUAGCUGGCAGCCAAUGUAAAGGGCUCAUUUGUGCAUGGGCAGGUGGAUCAGUCAGUCAACAAUUAGAAAUGCUUGCACACACUUUUCAUCUGAUCCAGAGAUUUGCACUUUACUUAUAGGACAGUAUCUAAACAAUAUAUUAAUAUAUGUACCUUAUAACCUUGCACUAUCAAUACUUCAUUCCUUUAUUUUGUGAGAUGCAAAAGUUGUAUAGCUGAAAAGGUAUUUUCAAAGCUGUCAGUAGUCACUUAUCACAUUGAAGUAAGCCUGAAGAUAUGUUUCAUGAAAUCUGUGAUUCAGUAGUGUGAGCCUCUGCUUUGUUCUGCUUGACGUUUGAUGUGUGUUUUUGUGUGUAAGUGAAGGGACAGAGGGUUGCUCCAGUUUAAAGGAGAAGUUUGACAUUCUGACACAAUUGGAAGGUAUCAAUCUUAUUUCUGUGCGUUAAGUUAGGAGCUGGAGCCAGGAGGCGAUUAGCGUAGCCUAGCACAAAAACUGUAAGUAGGGGGAAACUGCUAGCAUGGCUCCAUAGCCAGGGUGUAACGUGUUUGACAACUAAUUGUAAAAGGUGCAACGCCCUGUAAAACAAUUUAAGUACAGAUUAAACAAGCCCAGCUGUUUCCCCCUGCUUCCAGUUUUUAUUCUAAGCUAAUUGCCUCCCUCUUCUAGCUUCAUAUUGAGCGUACUGACAAGAGAAGAGGUAUCAAUCUGCUCAUCUCUUGGCAAGAAAGUGAAUAAGCAUAUUUCCCAAAAUGUCAAACUGUUUCUUUCAGAAAAAAAGAGGCUAAAUUUAAGGUUGAACUUGACUUAAUUUUCGAUCCACAUAACAAAGUCAAUUUCUUUAAUGUCACAUUUCUUUGUUUUAUUACACUAUAAUUAAUGUUGCUUUAUUUCAAUUUACUGUAGCAGUUACAAUUAUUUCUUUUCAAUAUGUGUCAUUAUUUGGUGAAAGUGUGUCUUUUUUCUGUUACCUGUGUUUUAUCUUUUUUGUUGCAUUUGUGUAAAUCUAAGUAUUUAGGAAAGUAAGUAUAUAACUUUUACACUGGUUUAAGGCUGUGCAAACCUCUGUCCCAAAUUAAUUUCAUACUGAGAGACUUCUUUUAUGGUGUGAUAGUUACAUCUGAGAUAUCAAGUUUUCCAUUGAGUUUUUCCUUUGCUGUGUUUUUCAUCUUAAGUUCAUUCUGAAAAAUAA